AUGGGUUACGACAAGGUUCCGACCGAGGUCGACGAGGCUCGGACUCCUUGCCUCGAUGCUAGCGGCAUGCUGGACAAUCUCAACUACGGUGCUUGCGACCAGUGCGGCUGCACUGCUGAUCCGACUCACAUUCUGGUUCCCAUCAACAUGGAGCCGAUGGUCAUCACCUCCAAGUCUCGUGACAACGGCUGGGGCUUGCUCUGCAAGUAUGUCAUUGUCCACACUGCUCUCUGGCUCUUUGGCCUGUUGAUGUUCUUCUUCGGCAUCUACGUCAUUCUGUACAUGUCUGUCAUCCCUGGUGCUUCUGCUGAGAUGAUUCCCGCUGAAAACGAUGUUGGUCCUAUCAUUGAGCGUGAUCUCAUUGUCGGUUCUUCUGGUUUUUUCAUGGAAACUCCGCUCUGUACUCUGGUCGCUACCACAUCUACUCUACCUACCCCGUCAGAUGCCAGCACUGUCGUUACCGCUGCUGAUGCCGAGACCGCGACUGUUUCUGAGGGACCCAUCAUCACCCCAAUCUUCACCGAUGAGACCACCUGCUCCCCGGUGACCAUCACUGUGACUGUCACCACUGCUUUCAGCGCCGAUGCAGUGUAUAACAGCGCCCUUGUGUCGAGCACCUCUGCUGUCGAUGCCAUUUCUGCCCAGGCUGCCACUGAGGCCCUCACCUCACUGACCAUGGACUUUGUGACCACUGUCACAACCACCUCGACUUCGACCCGCGUCAUCACGGUCACUAACUACACCGCCACCACCUAUGUGACUGUCACCUCUGUUCCGGUCAAUGCGACCACCUCCAGCAUCAUCUUUGCCACUGCCCAUUCCCCUAGCACCUUCGGCACUGACACUGCCUACUAUGGCACCGGCGGCACCGCAGCCUCGGCCACAGGCUACAUCGGCCCAACCAUCGGCAAUGGCACUUUCACAUACAGCAUCCCUCCCACUGCAGCGGCUUCUUCGGCCGACGCGGUUUCCGCAUCCCACAGCAUCGUCGCAACCUCGGACGGUGGCAAGGGUCUUGCUGGUACCAACACUGUUAGUGAGGUUGUCAAGCAGAUCAAGGCUGGUUAUUGCGCCGUCAUGCUUGCUAUUGUCACUCUCGUACUUGCCUAA